AUGACCACCGCAUUAAGCAAGCGUCACCAGGCGCGCAACGAGAGAGCCCUUCAAGAGUUGGUCAAGACCAUUCCGGGUAAUGACCGAUGCGCAGACUGUGGAGCUAGGAAUCCAGGAUGGGCCAGUUGGAGUUUGGGCAUAUUUCUAUGCAUGCGAUGCGCCUCGCUCCAUCGCAAGCUCGGUACCCAUAUCUCCAAGGUCAAAUCGUUGAGCAUGGACAGCUGGUCCAAUGAUCAAGUUGAUAGCAUGAGGCGCAAUGGCAAUGUCAAUAACAAUCGAACCUUCAACCCUCAGAGUACGAAGCCACCGAUACCCUUGGAUGUCGAUGAGGUUGAUGCGGUACUGGAGAAAUUUAUAAAACAGAAGUACGAUCAGCAGCUAUUCUCUGGUGGCCAUUCCCGACGACCAGCGACUCGCAAUGAUACGGGCAGCACCCGCAGCUCAGAAGACCAGCCACCUCCAUUACCACCAAAGCCAGGCAAGCGAUUUGGCUUUGGCCUACGUAGCGCAUCUUCAAUGCUUCCUCUGUCCAGGAACGCGCCGGCCUCUCCUCCUCGCUCACCUCAUGAUAGCGUUAAUGGCUUCGGUUCAGAACCAAUUCGUGUUAACAAACAAUCGAGGGUAUUUGGAGCCAGCGUGGGAGGCGGAGGAGGAGAGAUGGAGGCGAAGCUGGCCCAGCUAACAGCCAUGGGUUUCGCGGAUGAAAAACGCAAUGCAAGCAUAUUGAAGGGCAUGAAUGGGAAUCUGGAGCGGGCGCUUGAGACCCUUGUCAGACUUGGAGAAGGUAGCGCGCCUACAUCGAGGUCAAGGACACCAAAUCAGGCCAGGAACAUUGCUGUCAGUCAACCUUUGCCCUCUUUACCAUCGACCGCCCAGAACACUGGUGUCGUGACCGGCAUUUCAUUUGCAGCCAAUGGUGCCACAUCUGCGCCGAGCACCGAGUUGCAAGGACAACAAUCAUAUCCGAGCAUGGACCAAUCACAAGCCCAAGCAAAUAGGAGCUUCAGUCAUUCAAAUCCAUACCAGUCGCAAGCACAGUCAUACAACCCGUUCGGUAUUCCCAAUGAGCAGCCGGCAAAUGUGCCUCUAGAAAGAGCAUUUUCCGGCAUGCAGAUUUCUCCCCAGCAGCAGCAACCACUAUUUCCAAACGCUACAGGAGGCUAUCCGAGCCAGCCACCACCGGCGCAGGACACACGCUUCCAGACCAUGACACCUCCAGUACCACAGAUGCCUCAGCAAUACAUCCAAUCUAGUCCAUAUGUACAACAAAACAGCGCUCCUAAUCACAGCUAUAAUCCGUUCUAUCAGACGACACAGCAGGUCCUACCGCCAUCUACAAAUCCGUACGCAUCAACUCCUCAGAUACCAGAUACACAGCAGUCAUAUAAUCCAUUUCAGCAAUAUCAGCCACCUUCUAUACCUCAACAACACAUGAAUAAUUACUCUACUGAGUCGCCAGGAGCCUAUUCUCCGCAGGUCCAGCAAGAUUCAUUUUUUCAGCAAACCCUCCCGCAGCAGCAGAAUCAACACUCACAUUUCAAGCAACAGCAGUUCUCCAGCCCUUUUGCGCCGCAACAUUCGAUGACCGACCCUUCACAGUACUCUGCGCAGGCCCCACCACAGCAACCUCAGCAGUUUAACCCGUAUCAGCCCCAACCUCUCCAGCCUCAGCAAACCGGCCGCAUUGACAAGUCGAGCAUUUUGGCAUUGUACAACUAUCCUCAGCUGGCACCGCCACCUCUCCCGAAUGAUCCCAGUGCUGCCCCAUCACCAGAACCAUCUAUCGCGAAUCUGUCUCCAGGCAUCAAGCAAGGACAGCGGAGCGUGACCAUGCCCGUGCAGCUCUCAUCCGGGAGUAGAAAUCCAUUCCAGUCGGCUACGGGCAAUGCCAACGCUGCGAAUGGUAUUGAGCCGGGGGGCGCAAGGCAUGUCAGUCAGGAAAGCGUAAAUGGUCGGCAUAGUCCUGAUGCUUUUGCGAGUUUGAGUGCGCGAUUUGUGCGAUGA